AUGCCCGACAUCGAUAUCCUGCUGAACGACGGAAAAACCGAGUAUUAUCCCGGAGAGACGGUGCGCGGCACUGUUCUGUUCAACAAUUUGGAGCCCCUGCACUUGGAGCCCCAAAAACUUGCGGUUGUCAAGUGGGAUUUUGAUCUGAAAAUUGGAAUUUUCCCGGCCACCGUUCCCAGGCUGCUCAAAGAAUGUUUCCAGGCGGUUGUGUUCACUGCAACUAGGGUAAUUUCAUAAAUUUUUGAAGCUCGAACUAUAUUGUCAGUUUGCAGAACCCUCUCCCCAUUCACUACACCUGCCACUUCUCGAUCGAGCUGCCGCGAAGGACUCCAACUUCCGAUAUUGUCGAUCACAACGUCGAGGUGUCGUAUCGAGUGCUCGGAGCAACUGCGGACCUGAAAGCCAGACUUCCGUUUGUCGUGUUGUCUCUCUAGAGUCCGACAAUAUCUAGCCCCGCCGCUUUGCUUUUCUCGCCUGACUAACUAACCCAUAAUUUUACCCCAAACACUCUGAUAUUGAGCAUUCGCCCCCACACACACACAAAUUUCAUUUGACCAUGUUUAAAAUGAUGUAUAAUAAAUUUAUUCUGAACAUUUUCUUUGACGACUAUCAUUCUGCAUUAGCGGUGAGAUUUGGUACCGCAAAAAUCCGGUUUUGCACUAUAAUGUAGCCAAGUUCAAGUUCAUACAUGCUCACUUGUCAAAAAUCUUAGAAAACAGGUCCCUUAUGGUCAAAUCUACACAUUUUCCAAGUUUUAGGCCGACUGAAGUGAUGUGGUAAGUUUUUGAAUGAUGACAAACUAUAGUGUACUUCGGCUCAGCUUGAACAUGCCCAUAUUCGGUUCAUAGAACUUCAAUAGCUCAAAAUCUUAGAAAACAAGUCCCUCAUGAUCAAAUCUACCCAAAUUCCAAGUUUUGAGCCAAUUAGACCUUCCCAGUUGCUAAAAAGUUGUCUAGAAGCUUCCACUGCUCCGUAAAUGGUCCCAAGAAGUUUACAAGUCAAAAAUCUUUCAAAACACGUUCUUUACGACUAGUUCAACCCAGGUUCCAAGAUUUUAACCAAUCCGACGUUUCAUUUCCAAGCUAGGUUGUCUAGAAGUGUUGCCCCUAACGUCGAAAAUCCUAACUGUGAGUAGAGAAGAGCCAAAAAAAAGCGGAAUUCGACCCAUUACCAUUAAAUUAAUGAUAUUGGGCUGGGAAACAGUACUCACAAGUGCUCACAAGUGCUCACAAGUUCGUUCCCAUGAAAUUGAGAAAUGUCAUUGUUUACCACUUUCGCGUAGGACAUACGAAUCGCUAAUUAUCGCAUGAUCGUCGUUGUCACGGAGACAUACUCUCUUGAAUACUCCACUUCUUCUCUUCUCCUCAACUCGCAGCCAUUUCAUUUCAGCCCAACUAUGACGGACGUCAGCUGGAUGUUCCCCUCGUUUCCGUUCAUCAAACUCGACGAUCCGGAUCGGAUCUUCUAUCCCGGCGAGACCGUCACCGGCACCAUCAACUUUUUCAAUCCGACACCGAUCACAAUGCAGAGUCCGCUCUUGCUGAGAUGGGAGCACAAUUGGAUCGGAUCCGAAAAGUUGAGCGGUCCGAAGGAGCAGCGUCCCUUGAUUACAUACCUGGAGGUAAACUCGGGACUUUGGUGGGACUAACUAACAAAAACACGUUUUUAUUUGAAGUUCGGGGGUAAGCGCACUAAUAGACUGUCAGUUGUUCUCUAACUUUGAGCAUAGAACUAACUAUAAGGAUCUUGGAUUCUAGGACUGAUGGGGGUGAGCUAGCGGCACCAAACUUGAGACUAUUUGGUUCUUUCGAGCAAUCCCGGCAAACCCCAAUCUUUGUGAGCUUCUUGGACUUGAUUUCAAGUAUCUGAGGUUGCAGUUUCAGCCCGAUCGGAUAAUCCGGGAGGUGUGAGGAUCAAAGACCCGACAUUUUAGGCUUCUAAUCCACAUAUUUCGAAAGUAAACAAUCCGAUGAGUCUGAAACUUGAUCGCAAGAUACUUUAGGCUACUAUCCGGCAAAACCCCGUGCUUCUCAAGCUAUUAUCCAUUUUACAGAAAUCGUUCUCCCCCAACUACAGUCUCCCGUUCAAGUUCCCCAUCCCGCGCGAGUGCCCUCCGUCCUACGAGGGUGUCAGUCAACUCGUGGACCAUGGACUCCGAAUCGUCUACGAGCCGUCGUGGUGGUUCCCGUUCAGAUGCUGGCUGCAGACGUCGUUCCUGAUCUCGCAGGCUCAAUAG